AUGGGUGGAGGUAAUAGCACGCCAAGCACUCCCUUGGCUUGCAUGCUGAAAGGGUUUGAGAAAUAUUUCAACAAAACGCAGUACAAGGUUCCCUACCCCCCGGUGACCAGAGAACGCCUGAAAUACCUGUGCCAAAAACAGUGGCCACACCUGGGAACGGGCUGGCCAACCGAGGGCUCAUUUAAGUGCCAGACUAUCAGUGACCUAUGGAACCUGAUAGCGGCAAAUGAGGAAAAAUAUCCAAACCAGUUCCCAUACAUUGACCAGUGGUCUAAUGCAGUGGAUGAACAGGCCGAUGACCUAUUGCAGUGUCAGGCUGAGAUGGUCCGGUUAUGUGUAGCCCGCCCGCGGGGAAAAGGGAAAGGAAAAAGGUUGGAUGUAGUCACUAAGCGAGUGAAGGAUGUGAAAGUAUCUGAAACAAAAGGAUCGGAUACCAAAAAGCAGAUAUUGGCCCAGGAGGAGGAAACUAUCCUGAGACCCCCGCCAUAUGCACCCCCGCCGCACCCGGGAGCGCCACCCCCACCUCAGCCGCAGGUAGGGGACGGCGAUGACCAGGCCGAGGGAGCCGAUGGGGAGCCAGUGGUUCGCCCAAAAGCGAAAAAGCAGUCAAAGAGGGGAAGACCACCAAAGUCAGAGAGGGUGGAAGAGGACCCGGAAGUGGAAAACGAGGAAGAAGGAGCCGCGGCUACAGCAGUAGGGGUAACAACCAGGGCAGCAGCCGCCAAGGCGGAGGCGGCAGCCGCUGCAGCCCAGGAUGAGUUUGUGGCACCGUUAAGGCAGAUGGAUCAGCAAGUAGUGAAUCCCCAGGGAGUAGUUGAGUACCGACCGUGCUUUCAGUACGUUCCUUUUUCGACAACUGACCUCCUGAAUUGGAAACAGCAUUAUGGGCCAUUGUCCAGUAAGCCGACGGAAAUGGCUGACCUGUUUCAAACCAUUAUGCAAACUCAUAAUCCCAAUUGGCAGGAAGUGCAGCAGUUGUUGAAUGCACUGUUGACACCUGAGGAGAGGGAGAAGUGGAAAGCAGCGGUUAGGGCGUGUAUGAGGGAACGAUUCCCUAAUAUGGCGGACGUGGGACCAGAACUGGCGGUUCGGGCCCCUGAUCGGGAUCCGGGAUGGGAUCCGAAAGAGGCAAAUCAAAUGACGCAGUUGAGAGAGUACCAAAACCUGACUGUGGAAGCGUUGAGAAGGGCGGGGAAGCCUCCGGUCAACAUGUCUAAGCCUUCCUUGAUCAUGCAGAGGGCAGAUGAGAGCCCAGAAGGCUUUCUGCAGAGGCUGAUCGAAGCGUAUGAGCUGUAUACACAGGUCGACCCAAGGCAACCGGAGAAUGUGCGCAUGCUUAACGAAAGGUUUAUAGCGCAAAGUUAUGAUGACAUCAGGAAGAAGUUGCAAAAGCUAGAGGGAGCUCUAGGGAAGAAUACUACUGAAUUGUUGGAAGUGGCUAGGAAAGUGUAUGUGAAUAGGGACAAGGUGGAGAAGAAAGAAAGGGACGCUCGGAUGCAUAAGAAAACGGAAUUGUUAGCAGUGGCGCUGCAAGGAGGACGGACCCUGGGUCCGAACCAAUGUGCACAUUGUGGAGCAGAAGGGCAUUGGCAAAGAGAAUGCCCGCGACGGUUAUUGCCAAGUCGCAGAAUGAGGGGAUACAGGCCUGGGUUUAGGCAAACCGGAAGAGGCAGAGGCUUGGAGCAGGCCCCGCCUGAGCCAUUGGUUACUAUGAAUAUUGGGGGCCAACAGACAACGUUCCUAGUAGACACCGGAGCGGGGAGAUCUGUAGUAAAUAAUUUGAUCACUGCACCCGGGAUACACCAAAUAAGGGUACAAGGAGUGUCGGGCCAGGUAGUGGAAAGGCAGGUCCUUCAGCCAGUAACAUGCACCUAUAAGGGAUCAAAACUCCAACAUGAGUUCCUCUACAUACCUGAAUGCCCUAUCCCGUUACUGGGCAGGGAUAUGCUCAACAAAUUGGGAGCCACCAUAUCUUUCAAUGAGGGCAAACAAAGUAUCACUGUCAGCCACGAUCCCGACUCCGUAUGGAGGCUAAUGGUGGCGCAGGUUACAGAGGACAGGAAGUGGGAGGAGUUUGACGUGCCAGAGCUGUGGGCUGAAGAUAACCCUCCUGGGUUUGCCGCUCACCAUCCGCCAGUGAUCGUGGAAGUGAAACCAUACGCCACACCGGUACACAUAAGGCAAAGGCCGUGUUCGCGCGAAGCGCUCACAGCCAUUUACGAAAUUAUCCAGAAAUUCCUGAAGGCAGGUAUCUUGGUCCCUAUCCAGUCACCCUGGAACACCCCGAUCUUACCCAUAAGGAAACCGGAUGGGGUCUCCUUUAGGCCGGUACAGGAUCUUAGGAUUAUUAAUGACGUCACAGUGACGAUCCAUCCGGCUGUCCCGAACCCAUACACAUUACUAAGCCUGAUCCCGCCUAAAGCCAAGUGGUUUUCGGUCAUAGAUCUAAAGGAUGCGUUUUUCACGAUCCCAAUACACCCCGUGAGCCAGCCGUUGUUUGCAUUUGAGUGGGAAAACCCGACCACGGGAACUAAACUACAAUACACCUGGACACGCCUACCCCAAGGGUUCAAGAACUCACCCACCCUGUUCGGAACGGCACUAGGAAGGGAUUUACAAUAUUAUGUACCUAGACAAAAGGGAGACACAGUGUUACAAUACGUGGACGAUGUGCUGGUUACUGGGCAGACUGAGGACUUAUGCUGGGAAAACACCAAAGCCUUGUUUGUUCUCUUGGUAGAGUGUGGAUAUAGGGCGUCGAGGAACAAGGCUCAGUUAGUAAAGCAACGGGUGAGGUAUUUAGGCUACGACAUUGAACAAGGAAAAAGGUCGUUAGGCCCUGAACGGAAGGAGGCAGUGUUGGCUAUAGCAGAGCCCACGACAAGGAGACAGUUGCGAGGCUUUCUAGGGCUAGCAGGCUUUUGUAGAAUCUGGAUCCCCAAUUUCGCGUUAUUGGCAGCGCCCCUCUAUGCUUCUACGAAGGGGGGCAACUCCGAUGAGUUUGUCUGGACUGAGGAACAGAGCAGAGCAUUCAAAGAGAUAAAGAAGGAAUUGACUAGGGCUCCAGCGUUGGCAUUGCCAAACCUGGAAAAACCCUUUAACCUGUAUGUGGAUACAAAACAAAACAUAGCCUUAGGUGUUUUGACUCAGCAGUUAGGGGCGUGGCAACGGCCGAUUGCAUACCUGUCAAAGCAGCUUGACGGAGUGGCGAAAGGGUGGCCCCAUUGUUUGAAAGUCUUAGCAGCCAUAGCUGAAUUGCUGCAGGAUUGUAAUAAGUUGACGUUUUCAUGCCCCAUUAACAUAAACACCCCACAUGCGGUCCAAUCGGUGUUGGAUAACAAAGGACAUCUGUGGAUCAGUAACCAGAGGCUAGUGAAAUACCAGGCCAUGAUGAUUGAAAACCCACACGUCAGACUUCAUGUGUCCACGCGUCUCAACCCUGCAACUCUGUUACCAAUUGAGACAACCCUGGAACAUGACUGUCUGCAUGUGUUGGAUAAUGUAUAUUCCACCAGACCAGACCUAUCAGACAUCCCCUUACCAAACGCAAAGUAUAACUGGUACACCGACGGGUCCAGUUACAUGCAUGAGGGCAAAAGAGUAGCAGGAUAUGCAAUAGUUGAUGACAGUAGAGUAAUAGAAAGUGGACCGUUGGGAAGUAAGAGGAGUGCACAGGUUGCUGAACUAUGGGCUUUGAUACGAGCUCUGAACAGGGCAGAGGACGAAACGUUGAACGUAUGGACAGAUAGCAAGUAUGCCUUUUUAACGUUGCAUGCCCAUGGGGCAGUGUAUAAGGAAAGAGGAUUUAGAGAUUCGGCAGGCAAGUUCAUUCAACAUGGACACCUGAUUCAGUAUCUCAUUGAUGCAGUAAAGAAACCUAAGAAAGUGUCAGUGAUGCAUUGCAAGGGACAUCAACGUGGUGAUGAUAGGGUAGCCCUUGGAAAUAGAGCUGCUGAUCUGGAGGCGCGGGCUGCGGCCCUUAGGGAUGACGUCACCCCAGACCUGUCCAUUCUUAUUGCCCAGGAUUUAAGUGUUAUCCCACCCACUAUUAAGCCCUCAUACUCCCAGGCGGAAUGUGCAAAGGCAGUAAACGACCUAAAAGCUGACCUCAAGGACGGCUGGUAUACCUUAGGUGAUGGCAGAAUAUAUGUGCCAGCCUCAGCGGCCUGGCCUCUAGUACAAAUGUCUCAUGAAACUACCCAUAUGGGAAAGACCGCUCUUGAAACUGCGCUAGGCAGAGACUAUUAUAUUGAUGGGUUAGCUGGUAUUGUAGCAAGGGUAACAACUCAAUGUGAAGUAUGUGCUAAAGUAAAUCCUAGACAAGGUCCUAUAAUCCCUCCAGGAACAAUUCCCCAGUCGUAUUUCCCCAUGGAUUCCAUCAUGAUAGACUUCACCGAUAUGCCUAGAUGUGGCCUAUACAAAGCUAUGUUAGUAAUGGUGGAUAUGUAUACUGGUUGGCCAGAAGCGUUCCCGACAAAAUCAAAACAAGCACGGGAGGUGGCCCGCCUAUUGUUAAAAGAGGUGAUACCCCGGUUUGGCAACCCGUCCUUUAUCUCUUCAGAUAAUGGGCCGGAGUUUGUACAUCACAUAAACCAGGCCUUAGCCCAAGCUGUGGGGAUAAAGUGGCGAUUCCAUAGUGCCUAUCACCCACAAGGAGGCGCCACAGUAGAAAGAAUGAACAGAACCCUAAAAGAGAAAAUAACUAAAAUAUGUGCUGAAACACACUUAAAGUGGCCAGACGCCUUGCCCUUAGCACUGUAUGCAGUCAGGAGUGCACCCAGAAGACAACAUAAGUUGUCACCUUUUGAGUUGAUGUAUGGUCGGCCGCCGGUGUUGCUGAGAAGAAACUUAGCUGGGUGGCCAGAUUUGGGACAUAAGGGGGGUGUUUGGACCAUGGAGAUGGUACAGGAAUUAAAUAAACAGGUGACAAAACUAAGGAGCUACGUGUUGGAACAAUCCCCACCCAGGAUCAUCACUCAGUGUCAUUCAUUCCAACCUGGAGAUAGGGUGUGGGUGAAGCAUUGGAAAAAGGAACAGUUAGAAGGGAGAUGGAAAGGGCCAUAUGUUGUAAUCAUGUCAUCCCCUCUUGCUGUUAAGAUUGCUGAAUCUAAAUCAUGGAUACAUUGGACUAGAGUUAAGAAAGCAGCAGACCAACAAUGGACUGUACAACCUGGUGGACACCCAUACAAUCUGAGACCGAGGCCGCUCCGCAAGUAA